AUGAUAUCAAAAGUUUAUCAUAAAGAGGAACAUCAACCUAACAAUCAGGAAGAAAUUAUAAUUAACAAUAUGGUUCAUACUUCCUUUUCAUAUUUCAAUCCUGUUACGUAAAAAUAGAAACAAUAUUAGAUUUCUAUUUCCAGAAUUAUUAUCUAAUGGUAAAAUUGAUUUAACUAAAACAGUAGAUUAUGUUGCAAUUGUAUGUCACAUACUUUAAAAAAUAAUUAUAGUUGCUUUAUUUAUUUUAGAAUUGAAAAAUAUCCAUUUUGAAUAAUUAAUGCUAAUAAUAAUUAUGUUAACAUCAUUUAAUUUUUGGAUUGUAAAAAAUUAUACAGGAAAGAAAUUAAUUGGAAUAGUAUGGUGGAACUGUAGAGAAGAAUAAGAUAUAUGGUAUUUUGAAAAAGUGAAUAAACUUUACCCCUUAAAUAAAUAUUGUAAAUAUUACUUUUGGUAUUGUCUAUAUAUAUAUGAGAUAUUUCUAUUUCUCAUUCUAAUAUUAAUAGUAAUUCAAUAAAAAUGGAAGUCAUUUUUAAUAAUACUCAUUCCUAUUUUUGAAAAUUCUAGUUAGACAUUAAUAUAUAGUCAUGCAAACAAAGAUAAUGAAACAUUUAAAUAUUUAUAAGAUUUAACAGAAUAUAGAUUAAGAAGAAGCAUUAAAUGUUAAUUUACUUUAUGUUUAAAACAGUUUCCUUUUAGAUUAUAAUUUUGA